AUGAAAAUGAAAUAUGUAAGAUUCAUUCCCACACUAGACAAGAAUCAAUCUCUCUCAAAUCAAAUCCAAUCCGAUUCCAGUGAGAUACGCGAGCACGGAUUCACUAUAGUGAGAGAAAACAACAUUAAUUUGAUCAUCGGAGGAGUAGUGAAAAGUGAAAAGGACGAUGAGAUUCGGCGUUCUCCAGUGUGCAGAGGACACUGAUUACGUGAAGAAGAAAUACGGAGGUUACUUUGGGGUUUUCCUGAGAAUGCUGGCGGAGGAAGGCGAAUUUUGGGACGUGUUUCGUGUUGCCGACGGAGAUUUUCCUGAUGAUGGGGAGAUCGGAGUUUAUGACGGUUUCGUGAUUACUGGUAGUUGUAAAGAUGCAUACGGCGAUGAUGCUUGGAUCUGCGAGCUUCUCACUUUACUCAACAAAUUACAAUUAAUGAACAAAAAAAUUCUCGGCAUUUGCUUCGGUCACCAGAUAUUGGCACGUGCCUUGGGAGGUAAAGUUGCACGUGCGGAAUCAGGUUGGGACGUUGGGGUCCGAAGCAUUAACUUGUCAUCAUCAUCCAUGAAAAUAUUUUCUAAUCUAGAAAUGCCAAAAACAUUGUCUGUGAUCGAAUGCCAUCGUGAUGAGAUUCAUGACCUCCCGUGUGAGGUGGAGGUGUUGGCAUGGUCAGACAAGACUCGAGUUGAGAUGUUCAGGUACCGGGACAACAUCAUGGGUGUUCAAGGUCACCCAGAGUACUCCACUGACAUUCUUAAACAACUCAUUAAUGAUCGCCUUCUUCAAUGCAAUCUUAUUGAGGAGUCUUAUGCUGUGGAAAUUAUGUCAAAGUUGGAGAUGGACCCAGAUAUGGAGUCUUGGAAGAAGCUAUGCACCAGCUUUCUCAAGGGUAGAUUAUGAUGGAGGAACAUAAGUUAACCUUUUAAUCGACAGUAAUCAAAACGAUAAUAUUGACUUGUAAGAUGUGAUGCAGUCGUUUUUCAAGGCAGAUUGCCAAUAUCUCUACCUCUCCUACCCAUCUAUUACAUUGUUUCCAUGGCCUAAAUAUUAUUGUUGUUUGUUGUGUUCACUGUAAUAUAACUACUGGGAAUACAAAAAUGUUGUGAAGCGGUUUAUUCGGUAGGUUUUCUUAUUUUUGGAAUAACUAAAAGGAAAGUCGUUG